UUCAAGCGCGUAUUUUCAACUUGCUGAACUUGUGCUGGAUAUGUCAGUGAGUCCGAGAACAAGCCUAAAAAGUUGUUCUUCGUGUCUGGAAUAUCAUGGUACUGUCGACUGCGCACCUGUCUAUGUAGAUGUAUGGGUCAUCUGAUGGAAUGGCAGCCUAUCGUUCUUUCCAGGAGGGUUAUGAUGGAGCUUUACCAAGUCCUCAGAAAAGUGGAGUAGAUCAUAAUCAGAGGCAUGGUUCAAGUACGUGCAGUGACAGUGGCAAGCCUGUAUGGUACAGUAGGACUUUAUCACCGUAUGAAGAGCAAAAUCCGAACCUGUCCACAUUCAGUUAUGGGAGCUUAGAAGCUUAUGGAGGCGAUGAGCUAAAUCAGUCGGCAAAUAUAUUUGAAGAACUGGAGGAGCUGCGCAGUGAGCGUCUGAAACUGAGCGAGACCAACGACGCGUUGCACAGACGGUUGAAGACGACGGAGGAAUCCGAGACGGAACUUCUCAAGAAAGCGGAAGAAGCAAAGAAAACAAUCAGCAGCCUCCUUCAAAAGCAAACAGUUUUCAAAGAUCAGAUGCUUGAUCUACAGGAUGAAGUGAGAAGAUUGGAAAACAACUCUUUAUCUUUACAAAACCAAAUAGCCAGCCUGGAAGCAGAAAAGCAAGCGUUGAUGAAAACUGUGCGACAAAUGAAAAGUGAGGAUACCGAGAAGCUAUCAUUGAGGAAAACAAUUGCAUCACUGGAAGAUGAGUUGGAGAAAGCUCAAAUUGAAAUUGAAUCCAAGGAUAUAAAACUCAAUGAUGUUAUACAGCACAGAGAUGAGCUGAUUGACAAAGUCAUAGAGGAAAACAAAAAUUACAUUGAGCUUUACAAAAGUCACAAAGACCUUCAAUCAGCAUUUCAGGCAGUACAAAUUGAGAAAGGAGAUCUGGAGCAAUCUGAGAUACGACCAAUGACAUCGAGUAUGGAUGAACGACUCAUUGAUAAGAAUGAGAACUUACUCAGCGAAUUAAGAAUAGUAGUCAAUGAUAGUCCCGGUCCAUCUCCGAUCUGUGGUCGCAUAAGUUUUGCGGGAGAGAUGAUGGAAGGCUUUCAAGCUAUGGUGGAGAGUAUGAGUGCUGAGAUGGAAAGUCUUGUGGCAAGUCAACAAAAUCAGACGGAUCAGGAGCAGAUAGAACAGAGUGUGAAUGAGCUGAAAUCUCAGCAUGAGAGCCUGAUCUGUAGAGUGAAAUGGAUCAUAGAAGCAAAGAAACAUUCAGACCAGAGGGCAGUGAGCAUGGGAGAGAAAUUGAAGGUUCUAAGAGAGGCGAAUACUCGGCUGAAAACUCAAUUACAGAGUUUGAAGGAGGAUGUUACUCAACUCACGUCCGCCCCUGCCGUCGUGGAACAACCAAGGGAUGAUACAGAUCAUAGGCUGAGUCAGGCACAGAAUGAGCUGGAGCUAGCCAGAGCUGAGGUGGAACUGAUGGAGUUCACAUCUGGUAGAGAUAAACAGAGAAUUAUUGAUCUCGAAAGCAUGCUUUGUAUUCUACAGAAGGAACUUGAACAGAAGAGGCUGGAAUUGAUGUAUGAGACAACGGAUUCUGAAGAAGACCUUACUUAUCGAGAUAACACACAGCAUACAGGAAAGAAUACAAUAUCUGUUGGCAGUGUUGGAGGGCUCAUGGGAAAAGGUGGCAGCACUGUACCGCGAAGAACAAGAUGUUCGAAUUGCAAACGAGUAAGUACUAAUUCAUUUUUUCUCUUUGCACACUUCUUUAACCAUUUCAUAUGGUUUAUCCACUUGUAA